UAUUUACUUUCCACCACAUUCCACCAACGUUACCCCGUGUGUAGAGCAGCAUUUUAAUUUUCUUUUACACUUUAUGAAGAUUUGAACAUUAUAAUGAUCAUGGAUGGAGACGUGUUGUCUUUGUCGUCUUCCUCAUCAUUAUCGUCAUCAGGAGCUACAGGAACACAGAAAGAAACCUCACCAAAGAACGACAGCAGCCUCCCUCAGAGCCAACAGGAUCACAAAUCAACUGAAGAAUUAUGGACAGAGGAUGUGGGUCCCGUGGGUGGCAGCAGGCUGCUGUCCACUGAGGAGCAGGUCACUCUGAUCACUGAGAGUAUGACUGUCACCUCCACUGACCAGGAGAAACUGCUGCUGCUCAACAAGAACACUGAGCUCCGCCGAGUCAACAAAGAGCUGAUGAAGCUGAAUGGGGACUGGGACCAGGUGUACCGCAGCGCCACGCUGGGUCUCCAGCACAGACUGGAGGCGCUGGAGCUGGAGAACACUGCCGUCAAACAGCUCAACAGCAGACUGUUGCUCAAAGUCCAGCACCAGCAGAGUGCAAAGGAGUACUAUGAGCAGGCUUUGAUGCAGGAGCUGAAGAAGAACCAGGAGCUGUAUGAAUACAUCAGAUUGGUGGAAAGCAGGAUGCACCACCCAAACAGAGACUGCACACCUACCAAACAGGACAGCUUCAGUGCUGUGAUAUGCGGCCCUGUGACUGGGCCCACCACCAGUCCUCCAGUAGGUCCCGACCUGUCACCCAGUCACAUCUCUGGAUACAACCCCUCAUCCUCCCCUUUCACAGCUUCUUCCAGCCCAGAGGACGGGCGGCAGGGACAAAGCCAAAGUAGAAGUACCCCACUGGGAGCACUGGGAGACCCCCAGCGAGAAGUGCAUGAUCUAAAAGAGCAGCUUGAGGCACUGCAAUGUCAGACCCAGAUAUAUGAAGCUGAAUAUCAGACAGAGCAUAACGACCACAAACACACACUCCAGGAGAACCGGAGGCUGAGGAAGAAGAGGGAGGAGACUCGCCAACAGGUGGCACUACUGCAAGAGCAGAUCAAGGUUUAUGAGGAUGACUUCCGCCGGGAGCGAUCGGACAAACAGAUGCUGCAGCGGCUGUUGAUGAAGAAAACGCCUCCAAACAAGGAGCCUGUGCUUAUCCACCGCUGCAAUAAUGAGCAGCAGCCGCCAGGAGGAGACAAGAGGACACAAAGUGGAGAGAAAAGAAAACAGCACCACCCACUCUGCCCCAAGCACCCAAACAGGGACAAAGACUCAGACUGAGGGCCGGAGAUAGACUCAACCAGGUCAAAUUUUAGCCCUCAAUUUUUAGUUGUCCUUAAUACUCACUGACAGUACUUUUAUCUGAUUACUAACAAAUUCAUGUUUAUGUUUAUGGAAAUAGCCCAACGUCAGCAAAUCUGAGGUCAAAUGAAUUGUUUGUUCUUUUAGGGUUCUGCUUUCUACCCUUCAUAAUAAAUGCAGUGUUUUACUGUACAAUCCUUAAUACAAACAGUUGCCAAGUUUGGUACCUACAGUAUAUAUCAUUAAUAUAUUUAAUAUGCGUUCUUUAAUAUACCUCUUUCCAAUAUACUGUAUCUUAUUCUUCAUAGGUAAUGUGUUUUGUUUUCUCUGACUUUGAUUACUAUCAAGACAAACAAAAAAAACUAUAAAUAUAUUCAAAAUAAUACAAAAUAUAUGAUGAUAACCGAUAUAAGCUGGUGGUGUGUUACUGCUUCAACGUCUCUGCGUCAGAGGAGGUUAUCCGACUUAUUUCUAAUAACAGUUUAAUCGUAUCUUCCUUAUGUUGUACAUUACUUUGAAGUCUGUAAAAUAAUUUAUUCUCAAAUGACUUGACUCAAUAAAAUCAACCACAAUAAAAGUCAAAGACCUCAAUCGGUUGGAGUGUCCUGCUGAGUUAAUGUUUGCUCUUACACUGAAGGAAGCUGUACGGUUUACGGCUUCUGUUUCCUGUUUCCUGUUCACUGGUCCACAUCUGAACUGACGCUAGUGACACAUCAUCACACAUCAGAGAUGGCCACCAGGACAUCAGGGGUUUCCCCUCUGUAAAUUAGUCUCUCAGCGUUCUCGGAAAGUUCCUUCAACAGACUGUUAAAGAUUCCUUAACCUGCCUAGUACAUUUUAUGAAGCAGUCUAUCACAAGUGAUCUAUUCAUUUAUUUGGAUUUGUGUAAAUGAAGUCAUGAAUGACAUCAUGCGUCAGACUAAAUAAGUCCAUGAGGAAACCAAGAGGUCGCAUCACAUGCUUCUAGUCACUAUGACUGAAGUUAUACUGUAAUGUGGACGCUGAUGUUUCUUGACCACACACAGACAACGAUCUGCGUCCUCAAACAUGGUUCUCACACAGUUUUCAGAAAAGAAAGUUGAUAACUUGUUUGUACGUUGCUAAGUAUCUUCCUCCUUCCCUAUUUAUAAAUCCAAAUGUAAGCGCCUAAUAAAUAAGUAAGGGACUAUAUAAAAAGUAUUCUGCGGAGAAGGGGGUCAAAGAAGAGAAUGUAUUAUUAUGUUUUUCAUGCUUUUUUUAUUGAGUGAGUGAAUACAA